CAAUGUACGUACGAACAUGCCUGCGAACAUGCUCGUACUGUUGACACUUCGAGAGCAUUCGGAUCUUUCUUUUCUCAAUCUUCAUUCGAGAACCGAGGCUGUGCCAACUUCUCCUGGACACGACAACAUGAAUACGUACCAGUACGGGUACGAGUACUCGUACUCGGAACCAAGCUUAAACUACUGGUUUCACCGCGAAACAGAAUCAUGAAUCGUUGUCAUCAUUUAGAAAUGAACAUCGCAAUGCYGUGAGUCAUUACAUUGCGAUUCUGCCGACAACCAUAAAUGUUUCCAUUGCAUUUUGAUGAGUGAACAGUGAACAACYAUGCRUGAAACAAAAGAUCUUCCCGACGGAGGGAAGAAGGACAAAACGGCCAGAGAGAAGACGACCGCAACGAUUCAUGCCAGUGUUGGUUAUUUUCGUUGGCUCCUGUCUCUUGCGCUGGCCUGGAACCUCGCCGUAUCGGGAGGGGACUUGGGAGUUGUUUCUGCUGCCACCAAUGCCGCUUCUUCCUUCUCUCCGCGUCCGCAAAUCACGGCAUCGACGUAUAAACGGGGAUUGCCAACGGCAGCGAAAACCGAGACGGAUGCGACUCGCUCCACGAUGGGAUCGCCCGAAUCGAUCAAGCUGCGCCCCCGYGUUGUCUCGCURAACAUAAUGGUUGCUGGAUUGGCCGGGCUGGGGAAAACAACGACGGUGCGGGCUCUCUUGGAUGCCUGGUCUUUCCGGGAGCUCAACGAGAAACUCCGAAAGGCAAGCGGCCCGUCCGAGGCAGGCAGCAACAGCAGCGACAACGGCGGCAGCGAUGCGGGCGCCAAGAGAAACAGCCGGAGGGGAUUGUUCUCGUUUUCGGCCCCGUCCCCAAAGGAAGCCUCGCAGUCGGCCGCCGCUUCGGAUGCGGGACCACCUGCCACGCAACCGAAUCCCAUUGCUGCCUUGUUUGGAAGCACCACGGAAAUUGUCCCUUCGGAACCCUUUGAAUACUUCGACGAGGAAGCCAACACGAUCCUCAGGGUCCGGAUCAUCGACACACCGGGGUUCGGAAACCGCGUCAACCACAAGAACUCCGUCCAGCCCAUCACGGACUACAUCACGAGGUGCCGCACCGCCCGCUUCCGACGCGAGCAGUCGCCGUCCCGCUCCGCACCACCGUCCGCGGAAGACGGGGGCGACGACCACCCGGACGAGGAGGAACUGGUCCACGUCUGCCUGUACUUUCUGAGCCCCGGGAGGUUCCUGGCCAUCGACCGGCACUUUUUGAAGCACGUCCAGAACGAGAUCACGAUUGUUCCGGUCAUCGCCAAGGCCGACACCAUGACCGAUGCCGAGAUCGCCCGCUACCGGGCGGAGCUGAACCAGGUCUGGAAGGACGAAUCCAUCGAGGUGUACUCUCUGGACAACGACUACCAGCCCAGGAAACCAAGCCAGCGGAGCAGCGCCCGCAAGCCCGGGUACAAAUUCCGCCGCGGCCGGCGGUCGGGGGAGGUCCUGGCCAUCGUGUCGCGGGACGGCAUCUACCCGUGGGGGCAUUCCCGGGCCCUGAAUCCGGAGCACUCCGACCUGGUGCUGAUCCGGGAUUCCCUCCUGAGCGAGCACACGGAACGCUUCCUGGAACUGGCCAACCAGAAAUACGGAGCCUACCGAAACCAGCGGCUCGUGGCGCAGCACCGGUCCGACAGGCUCAAGUACCUGGCUCUGCUGGGACUCGCGGGGGUCCAGCUGGGAAAGGUGGAGGUUGCGGGGACCACGCUCCAAGAGGCGGUUGCAAAAUGGGCCGAGGUGGCCGUCCGGACCCCCCUGGUCCAAACCGCCCUGGCGUUCCUCCGGAAACUGGUUCAAAACAAGMGCUGAGAGGGGAGAGGAGUGGAGUGGAAAACCCAGCGAUUCGAACGGCUGGUUGGUCGAUUAGUCUGUCUUACCCGGAAACGAUGUGGCAACAAGCCAGGGUGCGAAUUAUUAGGAGGACAAGCAUCAUUGUGCAAAGUGUUCGGGAAGGAGCCAUCCGAAUAGAGUGCCGCAUCCCGGGGCUAGUUACAUUUUUGUCUCCCCUCCCUCGGUGCUCCGGAACAAAGCACGGCGGAAAAAGUGAGUCAGACGACAGAAACGAUGGUUCUUGUUUGCACAAUCCUCUCUCUCCGAUACAAUUGCAACCACAAUGCGAUGAACAAGCUGAUGCACGUUCCAUUUACGAUUGUUGGUGGGCAACAUAGCCGGAUUUUUCAAUUUACACCAAGAAAUCUACUACGGCGAGAGAGAUAGUUAUUGUUAAUGGCAUUAGGGACUU